AUGGAGACUAAUAAGUUGAAUGAUGCUGUUCAUAAUGAUGUUACUCAUGAUUGUCAAAAUGAGAAAUAUAGUCCUUGGAUCCAUGUCAAGUUUAAAAACAGACCAAAUAAGAACUGGAACCAGUUGGGUAGUUGGAAGAAGGAAGCUCUAACCAAGCAUUCUGAUACUCAUAUUGACACUAAUGUUGAUAGGAAUAUCAAUAGUGUCCAAGCCGUGAACAAUAAUCAAGCAGAUAAUGUACCGAUUGUGGAAAGUGCUUAUAAAGGCAACCAUCAGGUUAUUGAUUGUGAUAAUGCAAUACCUGAUGUAUGUAUGCCCAAUAGAUUUGAAGUUUUAGCUGAUGAAAUCAACAAACUGAAUGAUGUUAUUUUAGAUGCUGCCCCUGAAGUGGCAAAUGAUUUUAACAUUUAUGUUACUGACUUAGGGGCAAAAAAGAAGGAAGCCUCUCUUUACCCAAGGGAAGUUGUGAAAGACAAUGCAACUUUUUUUAUUGGGUUAGUUGAAGCCAAAUUGGUAGAUAUUGGUAAAAGAGAUGUUAACAGGAUUAUUGGUAAUGACUGGGAUUUUUUCCAUCAACCAGCUGUAGGCACUUCCGGAGGAAUUUUGGUACUUUGGAAGAGAAAUAUUGUUUCCUUUACUAUGGUGGAACACUCUUCUCAAUUAGUAUUUGGGGUUCUUGAUACUACUAGUAAGGGAUGUUGGCAUGUGGCUAUGGUGUAUGGCCAUAAGGAAUAUCAGGUCGGAUUAUUGACCUUCGCAAUCCGCGGUGUAGAUCCGGAACGGACUGAGGCUAUUACAGAGGCUGGUUCGCUGGCAUCUUUCCCGGAGAGAUAUACAGAGAGCGCCGUUGUGCAGCGUAGAGCCGUGGCGAUGGCAUUGGUGGAUGUGGCAAACGGCGAAAUAGGAGGAAGAGGAAACGGCGGCGGGGUUCACGUCGUUCAAGUGAACGACUCGGAGGUUGCUGGCGAGAUCUCCCCGCUUUUGGUGGAUGUGCGCGACGAGCCCCCCAAGAUGACUAUCUUCUCCGUCUCUUAUGCUAGGAAGCGACCCCCAAAGGAAACAAAUCUUGCCCUGGUUGAGGCAGAGGUGAACUUCCUAAGUCAGAUUUGCAUGUGGACGUGGGGUGGGUCUAAAUAUUCUGGUUUGUUAUGCAUGGCUUCCUCCUCGACCAUUUACUACAUCAUGGAAGUUUUGUUAGAUAUAUUUCCAGUUCAGACGGUUCCACUGUUUGAAUCUGUAUUUACAAGAUGUACCGUUAUCUUGAUCUUGUCAUUUCUGUGGCUAAGAAAGGUUGGACAUCCAUUAUUUCCGCCAAAACAUGCAAGAAAUCUACUAAUACUGAGAUCCCUGAGUGGGUUCAUCUCACUUAUGAGUUUCAUUUAUAGUGUAAAAAAUCUACCGCUGUCAUAUGCUAUUUGUCUGAACUUUGCUACCCCAAUUGUAGCAUCUAUUGGUGCAAAGGUCAUUUUACAGGAGAAAUUGGCUUUUUCAGAUAUUGGAGGUCUUUCUUUAAGUUACCUUGGCGUUCUGUUCGUUUUCAAGCCUACAGUUUUAACACAAGGAAAUAUUGCUGAAGCUGGUGAUAUGUUCAAUGAAGUUUUGGUAACAGGAGGCCAAACUAUUUAUGCAGUAUUACUUGGCUUAUUUUCAUCUUUCUUGAAUGGAAUUUGCUACUGCUUCAUAAGAGCUGCUGCUAAGGCAGCUGAUCACCCAGUGUUGCUGUCCUUUGUCCAAGAGUGCUCAAAUCAGCAACAAAGCUGUCCAGGGAGAUCUCCUAGCUGCUGUCCCGUUGAUUGGAGAAUCACCGGCUACUGUCACCAUUCCAGGAGCGUCAAAAUCAGCAAGGAAGCGGUCCAAGAAGGCCUCCCAACUGCUGUUCAGUAUACGGUUUUUUCAUUUGGAUUAAUGGUUACUCCAUUGUCAGCAAUUUGUACGUUGACAUUGCAGAAGUUUGUACUGCCAAAUAUUUUCACAUUUUUCUUGAUGGUUGUGUUAGGAGUCCUGGCUUUUCUUGCAGAGAUAUCCCUAGCUCGUGGACUACAACUUGAGAAGAUCUGCAAAGUCACUAAUAUGAUAUACCUACAGGUGAUUCUUUCCCUAGCCUGGAGCGUGUCAUACCUGGGAGCUCCAGUUUCUUUUAAUAAGCUCAUUGGUUGUUUGCUUAUUUUGGGAUCCAUCUGCUGCACAUUGUAUUUUGGACCUGAAAGGGAACCAAACAAUGCUAGCUAAAUCAGAUUUUUGUUAAGUUGUGAAGAACUAGUAUUCUUUGUUGUAAUUAAUUUUUCCUAUCUCCAUAUAUCAGUUUUCAUAUCAUUUUUGCCACAAUUUUUUUUUAUUGUGGGUCCUAUAAACUUUUAUUAUAAAGCUGUCAAUUUGUUGUAAAGAGAGAAUAAUUUGAAAGAAAUUAGACGAGUGCUGAAGUAUUGCUUGCCUUUA